AUGGUCUACAAGUCCUUAAACGGCCUCGCACCGAAUUAUUUGUCCUCGAAAUUCAUUCAACGGAGUGAUGUGAUUACUUCUUACAAUUUGCGCGAUUCUGAUAAUAAGCUUGCAAUACCAUUGCCACGUACUAACCGUUACAAAAAUAGCUUUGCCUAAAGUGGUGCAGUCCUCUGGAACAGUCUACUCUCAGCUGCUAGGCAAGCAACAUCUCUGACUAAUUUCCGACGAUUCUUAAUUAAUUCCGACACGGCAUUCGUGUAAAUCAGGCUUUAAUUUAGUUUACUUUUCCUUAAUAGUUAGCAAUAUUUUAAAUUAUAGAAGAUUAAUCUGUAUACAUAGUUUCGUAUUUAAGUUGUAGCUUUAUAUUAAAUUGUUAAUGCCUGAUGUAUUUACCGUGUUUUUAAAUAAAGAUUAUGAUGAUGAUGAUGAUGAUGAUGAUGAUGAUGAUGAUGAUGAU